AACUCCUGACCAAACUUGUGGCUGCCUGUGGCCACCUAAAGAAGGGAGCGUUCCCAAACGGGGGCAUCACAAUGUUGUUUUAUGGUUUUUUAUCCCAACACCUCGUAUCAUCAGGAAUCCUAGGUGGGCGGCUGCCCAGGCUUUUGAGAGAAGGCAGCAGCAGAGGAGAUAGAAAGCGGCGCCCGUUUCCCCGUGGCCAUGGAGCCCGAGACGCGCAGCGUGCAGAUUGAGUUCCCUCACUAUGCCGCCGUCCUGCUGGAGUCGCUCAACAAGCACCGCCUGGAGGGCAAGUUCUGCGACAUCGCCAUCCACGUCCAGGGCCGCGUCUUCCAGGCGCACAAGAGCGUCCUGGCCGCCUCCUCGCCCUACUUCCAUGACAAGCUGCUCCUGCACGACACCAACUGCAUCGUGCUGCCCGGCGUCAUCGAGCCGGACGCCUUCGAGAACCUCCUGCAGCUCAUCUACUCGGGGCGCCUCAAGCUGCUCCUGGAGGCCCUGCCCAGCCACCUCCUGGUGGCCAGUGGGCUCCAGAUGUGGCAGGUGGUGGACCAGUGCUCGGGCAUCCUCAAGGAGCUGGAGGGCGGCACCUGCCGGCCUUGGUCCAGCCGCGCCAGCGAGAGCCAGUCGCCCAGCAGCAGCAACUACUUUGGCUCCAGGGACGAGGCCGAAGCCGAGGCUCCUGGGUGGCGGCGGCGCACCUGCCCCGACGGCGAGGUCCUGAAGAUCCGCGUCCCGCCUGACGAGGAGGAGGAUGAGGACGAGGAGGAGGAGGAGCAGCAGGCGCAGAUCUGCAGCGGCUCCACCGACGGGCCGGCAAAGGCCGAGGAGAGCCGAGCCAAGGAGCCGCCCUUUGCCUCGGCGCACGAGGCCCCCAAGGUCUUCUACAUCAAGCAGGAGCGCUUUGACGCCGAGGAGGCGGCCGCCUCGGCCUCGGUGCUGGGCGGGGCCGGCAGCAGCUCGUGCCUGUCGGAGGCUGGCUUCUUCAAGUCUCUGGGCAGGCCGCUGGCCGUGUCGGGGCUGUGCCCGGCCGAGAUCCAGGAGAGCGGCGAGGUCAGCUACCUGCUCCCUGGCGCCCCGGCGGCAUCCUCGUCCAGCGGCCCCGGUGGCGGCUUCUCGGCAAAGGCGGACUCGGUGGCCUUCCCCGAGAGCUCGUGGAAGCCCGUGGACCUCCACGGGAACGAGAUCCUGGCGCACGCUGUGCACGGGCAGGUGGUUCACGCGCCUGUCAAGCUGAUGUCUGCGCCCGACGGCAAGAAGUUUGGCUGCCUGUGCGGGAAGCGCUUUGCGGUCAAGCCCAAGCGGGACCGCCACAUCAUGCUGACUUUCAGCCUGCGCCCCUUUGGCUGCUCCGUAUGCAACAAGAAGUUCAAGCUCAAGCACCACCUGACCGAGCACAUGAAGACGCACGACGGCAACCUGUACGCCUGCGAGGACUGCGGGCGCAAGUUCCGCGUCCAGAGCUGCUUCCUCAAGCACAAGGAGAUCUGCAAGGGGCAGGGAUGGGCCACUGCUUGCUGGACCUACAAGUAGAAGCAGGGGCGAGAGGCCCACCCAGAGAUGGAUGGAGGGAUGGGAAUCCCUGUGGACCCUCUUGGGGGCACAGAGGCGGGUUUGGGGGUCAGGGAGCCAGAGUACAUGUGGUGGGCAGGGCACCUCAUCCUGUGCUGGGGGGUGAUGGCAUAGACACGCCCAAAGACCCCCCUUCGCCAGCCCCGCCACUUUGGGGAUCAGGCUGGCAUGAAAGGCAGGGAGCGAAGGGCUAAGCCCCAGGUGCUGGGGAGGGGGGGCUCCGUCAAGAGGGCUCUCCCCUUCCUGGACAGUCAACUGGCACCUGGCUGCUCCCCCCCAGGCAUGUAAGCUGUGGGGCCUCGUACAGGCCUGCUCUUCUUGCCCCACCUUCUUUUGGGGGGGGGGAGUCUGCGCACCCGCCACUUCUCUGCCUCUGUCUGGACACCAUUUAAAACCCAAGUCAAUGCACAAUUUUAAAAUCGACAUUAAAAUCUCACCAUUCACACAAACUGGCUGCUGGAUGAGGACGCGGGAAGCUGCUCUCGUUCAGCCCCUCCAACGGCUCCAGGGGGGAGAUGGGGGGCCGAGAGAGGCCUCCCCGGCUGCUGCCCUCCCUGGUCUUCUGGUGGACUGGCUCUGGACGUGGAGGCUCCAUUGUGGCCUCGCCCUGCUCUUCCUCUUCCUCUGUCACAUCCAUUUUGGUUGUCGGCCUGCACCACGGCCCUGUGCCCCUCACCUUGCUAUGCCCCAAAGCGCAUCUGUCUCAGAUUCCUGGGGCCCCUGGCUGCAACCCUCCCCCGCUGUCUGCCCUCAGUUGGUGGGGCGGGGCUGGGGGGCUGUGCCAGUGGCGCUUGCGUGGCACUGCUCCCUCCUUUCCACAGCCUGACGUGGUCUUCCCCCCGGACUCUGGCCAGAGCUCCCUGUGCUGUUUUUGAUUCCUGCAUUUCAGAGGGCUGGACUAGAAGAGCCUUGAGGGUCCUGUCCAGCCCUGGUCCUUUGAUUUCCCCAUGUAAUAAUGAGCUGCCUAGCCUUUCUGGAAGCUGCUUCUGAGAGGCCCUGGGCAGGAGUGCUUUGGCUGGGGAAGGGAUGGUGGUGGGAAGAGGAGCCCCUCGGGUUCCUCCUGGCCCUCCUGCUGCCGGCCCAGGGGUCUGGCACUUGGGGCUGCAGAGAGGGCAGCAGGCAGCCAGGGAAUCACAACAUUUCAGGGGGUCUCCAGGGCCCUUUUCCCAGAAGAGCCGGCAGGCUGCAGGUGCCCCACAUGCCCCACAGCUGUGUGCAGAAGGACAGGAAGGAGAGGUGCCACCUCAGUGGGAACCGCAGGACUGUAGUGUGGCAGCAGACGCUCAGUCCCCAGCAUCUCCAGGCCCCAGGUCCAAAAUCCAGCAGAGCUGCUGCCAGCCAGUGUCAGCAGCCCUGGGUUUGCCAGACCCAAUGGCCUUGACUUUGUCUAGGGUGGCUUCUCACCCCCACCCCCACCCCGUUCAUAAGCUGGGAUAACUCAGUCAGUAGAGCAGGAGAUUCUUGCUCUCGGGAUCAUGGGUUCGAGUCCCAUGUUGGUCAAAAAAGGAUUCUUGGGCUGGGCUGGGCUGCAUGACCCUGAUGGUCCCUUCUGACUCUGUGAUACUAUGCUAACUUCCAAAGCUUCCCAGAACUGCAGAGGGGGAAACAGACUGGAUGUAGAAAUAAUACUAACUAUGUUUAUUAUUUUAUUCUGUAUACCCCGCUCAUCUGGCUGGGUUGCCCCAUCCACUCUGGGCGGCUUCCAAGAGAGAUGAAAGCAGAACCAAACAUUACACGUUGGAAACUUCCCUGUACAGGCAGCCCCAAAGCUGUUUGUGCUAUUAAAGUUGUGGAGUGGAGAUUGGUAGGGAGCAGAGAUCCUGGAGACGGGGCAGGAAGAGGCUGGACAGGUCUUUUUCCCCUUUUCUUUUGAAAGUUUAGCUUAAUUUAUUACAUAAAGAGAGAGAGAGAAGUGAAAAA